GGCUGAUCGUCCAUUGGAAGCGUAGUCGCGCGACUCGAAGGUAGCGCGUAUACGCCCGUGUAUGAGCGAUCAUGAGACUGAGCGACUGGCAUCAUUCACUGCAGGCGACUCUAUACGACUUAGUUCGCAACUGUCAUCAUCGAAAGAAAGUGUGCUCUGUAAAAUCAUGUGAAAUGGAUUUGCAAAACAUGUACUUUUUGGAGCAACCUUACAUAAUAAGGCGUUUGAGAGCUCGUCGUGAUAAGAAGAGACGUUUGUGUUGGAUAAAUGAAAUACUUAGUAGAAGAAAUUUACUGGGAGAAUUCCAUCACCUACACGACGAUUUACUGAAUGAUCCGCAGAAAUUCUUUGAUUAUUACCGGAUGAGUCUAGAGACAUUUCAGUACAUUUUGAGUGCUAUAGAGUCAUCGAUCGCCAAAGAUUCAUUCAGGGAGACAAUAAGACCUGUGGAACGUUUAAGUACUGGGGGUUCCAUCUUACUGGUUUCGCUCGAUGACAUAUUGAGUUCUCCUUUGUCAGUGACAACUGCUUGUGGUGAUUCCAUAUCAGGCAAAUCAUCUUCAUCGGCAAUAUCGUCUCCGUCAUUAUUUGGAGAAAAUGUUCUUUCUGGCGAGGCAACAUUUCCCUUCAGCUGUCGUGGCUCAAUUAUGACGGAGAGAAACAGCAUCUGGUCGAAGAAAGUCCAUGAAGAGGAACCUUCCUCCGGCGCCUCAUCUCCUGAUUUAUAG